AUGCCAGCCGACGAAUACUCCGUCGGCGGGGGCGGCAAGCUCAAACUAAAAGGCUCCAAAGUGAGCGACGGCCGCAUAGAAAAGAAAAAGAAGAAAGCCAAGAAAAACCCGGAAACCGGCAGCAAGAAAGAAAGCGAAGAUGCUCCGUCUGCAUCAACAUCCCAGGCAGUGGAUGAGAAGGAGAACCCUCUUUCGCCUCCGCCAGCUCAGCAGGAUGAAUCCGAUUUCGGGGUGAGCGCUGGGGCUACUGGGAAGACGGAGGCGGAAAGGAAGUAUGAGGAGAUGAGGAAGAAGAGGGUGGGUUUUACUUUUACUUUUCCCUUUUGUGGUUUUUUUUUCUCUAUCAUUAUUCUAUGGAUAUAUUCUUUUUUGUGGAAUCUUUCGGACUGGUUGUUUUGUGUUUGGGAUUGUGUUUGGUGUUGCACUCUUUACAAGAACGUCUCAAGCGAGAAGGGGUCAAAACGCAUAAAGAGCGAGUAG